AGCCAUUUUGGCUCAAGCCUGCUCGGGCGCGCGCGCGCAGCGUGUGCUUGGGAGCGAUGGCGACGGGAGGGGACCACCCGCGGUUCCCCCGCUCGCGCGGCGAGCGCAGCGAGGCUGCGCGGCGAGCCCGUGCCGCGGCCGAUGCGGCCGUGCGGCACGCCCGUGCGCGCGCCGGCGAGCUGGAGAAGGAGGUCGCGCGCCUCAGGGAGGUCAUCGCGGGCCUCACGGGUGGCGUGCUUGCUGCCGAGCCUGGUUCGUGGCAGGACAGGGAGGCGGCCGCUCGGCCCGCCCUGAUCUUGGCCUCUGGCGGCCGGCCCGUGCCAGGGGCCGUGAGAUUCCGCCGGAACACGGCCCUGCACGCGGCUCGUGCGCCUGCAGCGGGGUUUGCGGCGGCACCGCGGGCUGGCUUGGCCUGGGCGGCGGCGGGUCCGCGCCUUGGAGGCGUGCUCGGCCGGGGGGCGGCGGCCGCCGUCGUGUGCGAGGUCGAGAUCUGUGUGUGCGAGGUGCCCGCGCGGCCCUCCCCUCCGGCCCCGCCGCGACGUGAGCUGCCAGAGGCGGCCGACGCGAGGCGCACGCCGCCUAGCUCCGCGCUCUCGGAGCAGCUCGGCUUGCUGCAGGGCGACCUGGCGAAGCUGUCUGGGCGGAAGGGCGCGCUCCAGGAGGGCGCCGAGCUCACGGCCGAGCUGGAAGCGCUCCCGCAGCGGCUGUGCGCGCUGGAGGACGCCGCCGAGCCCCAGGCCGAACUGGAGGCGCUCUCGGAGCUGCUUGGCUCGCUGGCGGGCGACGCGGCGACGGUGUCCGAGCGGCAGGGCGCGUUCGAGGAGUACGGCACGGUCGUGCUGGAGGCGCCCUCGGGGCGGCUGGGCGCGCUGGAGGAGGGCGCCGAGCCCACGGUCGAGCUGCAGGACGACCUGGCGGCGCUGUCCGUUCGGCAGGGCGCGCUCGAGGAGGGCGCCGAGGCCAGGGGCGAGCUGGAAGUGCUCUUGCAGCGGCCGUGCGCGCAGGAGGCGACCUCCGAGCAGCUGGUCUCGCAGAAGGGCGACCUGGCGGCGCUGUCCGAGCGGCAGGGAGCGCUGGAGGAGGGCACCGAGCCCAAGGGCGAGCGGGAGGUGCUCUCGAAGCCGGCCUCCCGCCACGCGUUCAGCGAGAGCCUGUUUUUCUUCCUGGACGAUUUCUCGGUGGCGGCGGUGCUGUGCGUGGCCAUUGGGCCCAAGACGGGAGUUGAGGCACUCCUGAGCUCGGCCGAGGCCCGCUUUCUCGGCGUCCGCCCCAGCUCUGCAGGCUGGCCAGAUGCCGAGGAGCGUGAGCGUAUCCUCGAAGGCCGCCUGCAGGUCGUCCAGAUUGCGUGCGGACGCUAAUUCCGUUUGCUCCGUGCAUUCGCAUUUCUUGUAUUUGAAUGUGUACGUGAGCUAGCUAUCGGUGCAGCUUCGCUGCUGGCCUUGCGUGCGGACGCUAAUUCCGUUUGCUCCGUGCAUUCGCAUUUCUUGUAUUUGUAUGUGUACGUGAGCUCUUCUGUGCAGCUUCGCUGCUUCUGCAUGCCUCUCGGCUCUGCCCGCCCCCGCGGCCCUGGGGCCUAGGCGCCCCCGUUGGCCCUGGCGGGCGUCUGGCGCUCCGCGCCCCCCCUGCGGUGGCCCCUUUCGGGCCCCCAGGGCUGGCCCUUGAGGCCCUGGGGCCAAUGGGCUCCGCGGGCCUCGGGCUUCUUCUAAGCCUUCAUAGGCCCCGCACGACACGACACACAAGAGCACGGCAGACCCAACAGGAACACGGCAGACCCAAAACGAGCACGGCAGA